AUGGCCAGCAACGGUGAAGGUUUCGAUUAUAGCGAUGAAUACGAGCUGGAUGAGCCUUUCAGUGACUCGGACGAUGACCUCCGACCGAAACAACCAGAAAAACCGAACCUUAUAAUACCGCGUGGUAGGAUCAGAACUUUAUCCGGUACUGUACCAGUUGUUGGUUAUUCUCCGAAGUGGGGUGGACCAACGAUGUGUCUCAGCUGUUUGCAGUUCUUCGAUCUUCCUGAGCAAAUGGAUAUGUUUGAAGACCAUCUCCUGAAAGAACACAAAAUCGUCGUUUCUGAAAUGGGUCUUAUCGUCGAUCCGAAAAGAUAUGUCGAACACUGGCGUCAACGUUUCGCAAAGGAAAGCGUCGAUAUGAUAUUCCCACGCGUAGAGCCAAAGGAAGGGGAUAAAUAUUUCGGAGAAACGGACUACUAUUUCAACAUGUCGGAAGCGUUGCCGGAAGAUUACUCUGUACGUCAGCGAUUGGCCAUGCGUCGCCUUGAGGAAGCACUUUCAUGCCAACAACGAGAGAGGGAAGAUACCAAUUUCCAACAGCAAUGCAUCUUUUGUCGCUAUACAGCCCGUGGUAAUAGGUCUAAAAUUAUUCAUCACCUUUACAUGAUUCAUCAUCUGAAUCUCGGUUCUCCGGAUAAUCUCGUUUUCGUCACCGAGUAUAUCGAACACCUCAAGGAGAAGCUACAGAGAAACGAGUGCAUCUAUUGUGAGAAGACCUUCGGUGACCGCAACAUUCUCAUGGACCACAUGCGAAAGAGAAAUCAUAGAGAAGUUAACCCCAAGAAUCACUACUAUGACAAAUUUUACAUCAUCAACUAUCUGGAGCUUGGGAAACGUUGGCUGGACGUACUCGCUGAAGACUUUGAGGACACGAUGCCAACGUUCCUUGAUUCGGACGAGGAGGAAGAGGACAACUCAUGGUGUGAAUGGCAGGAGGAUAACGUAGAUGCGGAUGAGACUCGAGUUGUUUGCCUUCUAUGUCAUGAGAGUGACGAUACCGCUGAGGGUCUUUUGGCUCACAUGAAGGAAAAACAUGAGUUUGAUCUAGUGAAACUGAUUGAUGAGAACAGACUUGACGUUUAUCAGCGCAUGAAACUCAUCAACUACAUCAGAAAACAGAAUUUCAACGCGGUUUGCUUUAUUUGUCAACGCAGCGAUCUUGGAAAUACUCAGGAGCUCGCCAAGCAUUUGCAAGAACAUGAAAAACCGAUUAAGAGCCUCCCGGAUAAAUCGCUUUGGGAUACCGAGGAGUCUCUGGUACCAAUUUUCGGCAAUGAUAAUCUCCUCUGGAGGCUUGAAUCACUUUUGGAAAGUCGUGAUGGAGCAAGUGAUACCGAGGAGCGCACUCGUCGUGAAAGCGAAAAAGUUUAUGCUUCAUUCGUGGCUGAGAGUCGAAAGAACACGGUAGAGGGGGUCAUUGCUGAAGAUCUACCAGAUCUGCACGAACUGAAGGAAGACGACCUUGACGAGCUGAUGUGA